UGAAACUUUCAGAUCAUCGGCAGUUGGCGUAGAGGAGGAGGAGUACUAUCCCCCCACGCAUCAUGGCUUCCUACUUGGCCCUGAGCUGCUUUCUACUGGCUAGCGUUGGCGUCUGCUUCGCGACUUUUGGAGGACAUGAACAUGUUCACAUCCGAGUGCAUAUACCUGAGGAAUCUCACUCGUCUAAAGAAGUGAUAGUCCACGAACACCACGAUGACCACGGCCAUGGCGGAGGGGGUGGUUUUGGCGGAGGUCACGGUGGAGGUUUCGGCGGCGGCGGCGGCUACGGCGGCGGUCACGGAGGUGGCCACGGAGGCGGCCACGGAGGCGGCCACGGAGGCGGUGGUGGCUUCGCUGAACACUUGCACGGAGGAUUCGCUGACCACCUGAAAGGCCACGGAGGAUUCGGUGGAGGCCACGGAGGAGGCCACGGAGGAGGUCACGGUGGAGGCCAUGGUGGCGGCUACGGAGGCGACGACCACGGACACAGUAUAUCCAUAGGAGGUGGAUUCGGAGGCGGCCACGGCGGUGAUCAUGGACAUGGAAUCUCGAUUGGUGGUGGAUUUGGCGGAGGCCACGGUGGUCAUGAUUUCGGUGGUGGCCAUGGAGGAUCAGGAGGACAUGACUUUGGAGGAGGUCACGGUGGUCAUGACUUCGGAGGAGAUCAUGGUGGUCAUGACUUCGGAGGUGGUUAUGGAGGUGGACUAGAUUUGGGAGGUCACGGAGGAUAUGACUUAGGUGGUGGUCAUGACAUCGGUGGAGGCCACGGAGGCGGACACGGCGGCGGUUUUGGUGGUGGAUUUGGAGGAGGCCACGAUCACGGCGGCGGUCACGGCGGCGGCCACGGCGGCGGCCACGGCGGCGGCCACGGCGGUGGACAUGACCACGGACACGAUAUUGGAGGUGGAAUCGGAGGCGGAUUCGGAGGUGGUUUCGGAGGCGGCCACGAUGACCACCAUGGCGGCGGUGGAUUUUCUGGUGGAUUUGGAGGUGGACAUGGAUUCUCAUCGGGUGGACACGAUAGCUACAGUGUAGGCGGAGGCGGACAUGACAUCCACAGCUCAGGUGGUUUCGGCGGCGGACAUGACAGCCACGGCUCAGGAGGUUUCGGUGGUGGACAUGACAGCUACAGCAUCGGUGGCCACGGAGGUGGUGGCGGCGGCCACGAUAGCCACGGAUUAGGAGGAUUCGGCGGGGGUGGUCAUGACAGUUACAGUGUCGGUGGUCAUGGAGGAGGCGGUGGUCACGACAGUUACUCUGCUAGUCUCGACUCAUUCGGUGGUGGACAUGGUCAUGGCGGUGACAGUUAUAGAUUAGGCGGUCACGGAAGCUCGGGAGGUCAUGGAGGUGGUUUCGGAGGCGGCCAUGGUGACAGCUACAGCGUAGGCUUUGGAGGUGGUGGCGGCCACGGAGGUCACGGCGGGUUCAGCCUGGCGGACCUCGGCGGCGGCGGGCACGGCGGACACGGAGGCGGACACGGAGGCGGCCACGGUGGCGGCCACGGAGGCGGUUUCGGUGGCGACAGUUACACGAACGCGUUAGGUUCUGGCCAUGGAGGAGGACCGUACCAUAAAAAAUGAACGUCAUAGCGACAGAAUGAAGGGAGCCAACUAAGUCAUAGCCUUCUGUUUAUAAUACGGGCAUAAAAGCUCGUUUUACGUACAAAGAGUGAGGGUACAAUUGUUGUAAAUAGAAUAUAGGAUAAGUUAUUGUUAUUUCGUUAUAGUAAACAU